CGUUACGUACACAUGGGGACACACCCGUCUACAGUCCACUAAGGAAAAUAGAAAAGAAUGAGACGUGUGAGCUGAGGGCUGAAGUUAUUCUCCACCAAUCUGGAACAGAGUUCCAUUACAGAGACACACUGCAGCAGACAUUACGGAUCCAUAACCAGCUUCAAGACUUCUAAAGGAUGAAGAACCUUAAACUUCUCAUCCUCUCUCUCUCCAUCUGCCUGUUGCUGGGCAACCUGGGGGUGAGUGGCUACAGUAAUGUCGAACCCUGCCAACGGUCCCGAUGCAAUAACUGCCAUGAAAAGUUCCUAUACCGGCAUGUGCGUCCAAAUACCCCGCUAACGACGGACCGCAACGCGUGGGAGAAGUAUCUACGUGAAAAGAAUGACUGCUCAAGACCCACGCAGUCCUUCCUCCAUCCCAAAGACCGGGAGAGGGUGGACGCGGUCUGCUCCAGCUCUGGGGGAAAGAGGUACCAGGGGAACCUGUGCAUCAGCCAAAGCCCGUUCACAUUUCUAACAGUGAGGAGUGAGACUGGGACCUGCGGUGUGUCCAGCGUGCGGGAAGAGACCAAGCAUUUGAUCCUGGCAUGUGAGGUGCUGGAGAACAGGUGUGUGCCGGUCCACUUCGAGGGGAACCGCGAGGGGAACAAGCCCGACAAUAACGCUGCAGGAUGUGGCAGCACGGAGAAAGGGAAGGGCUUAAGCUUCAAAGUAUCAGGAAUGUGGCUGGCAUCUUCAUUGAUACUCGUGCUUCUCUCACAACUCCUUUUCUGAAUGGGGGGGGGGAAGCUAGUCAAACAAUACAUCAAAAGGAAGUUUGUUUUAAAGUGUCUGUCCUACACUCUAAAAAGAAAAUGUUCCUGGAGUAUCCUUUAGGGGUUCUUCAAAUGUAAUGUGUGGGUGAACCGUUAUGAGUUCUUCAAAGAACCCCUUUUAAUGGAUCCUCAGAGAACCUUUUGAAGAACUUGUGGGGUACAUGUUUUGAACGACCCCUCUCCCCUAUUAUUAAUAAAGGUAAUACGCAAGAACAAUUACACAAUAUUUUAUUGUUCUCAGUGUUUAUUAUGAUUGUAGUGGCAAAAGCAGAAUAAUAAAAUCUAAAUAUGAGGUAAACUCCCAGCAGAGCCCCAAGUCCAGUGGAAGUCCAGUGGAAGUCCAGUGGAAGUCCAGUGGAAGUCCAGUGGAAGUAUAAUGGAAGUCCAGUGGAAGUCCAGUGGAAGUAUAAUGGAAGUCCAGUGGAAGUCCAGUGGAAGUAUAAUGGAAGUCCAGUGGAAGUCCAGUGGAAGUCCAGUUGAAGUAUAUCCUCUGGCGUGUUGAUGUUAUUGUGUUGAUGUUCUCCGUAUCCAUAGCCAGAAUGAGGCGUAUUUCUGUCUGUAAUAAUGCCCUUUUGUGGGGAAAACUCAUUCUGAUUGGCUGGGCCUGACUCCCCAGUAGGAGGGCCCAUGCUCUCCCUGGCCCACCCAUGUGUACUCCCCUGCCCAGUCAUGUGAAAUCCAUAGAUUAGGGCCUAAUUGAUUUAUUUAAAUGGACUGAUUUCCUUAAUUAACUGUAACUCAGCAAAAUCUUUGAAAUCGUUGCAUGUUGCGUUUAUAUUUUUGUUCCGUAUACUUCCAUAUAUACUUCCAUUCAUUGGUGAGUAGCCCAAACUGUUCUGAAGCUACAGACAGAAGUUGGCAGAUCGGUGAUACUGACUUGCGGGGGUCGUAGAAAACUGAGAACACCAUCAUGUUGGUGAGAGUCUCAUCUUUCCAUAGAUGGGUCGUAUUAGUUUGUUGGCCAAACCGUUCGGACGCUACAGACGUUUUGUGAGAAGAACGAUUUCCGCCAUGUCUCAUGGUCUGACAAACAGUAGUUUGGUCACCUUCCACCACAGAUGCGGAAGGACGCCGUUGGGAGGACGCCGUUGGCGGAUGAGGUGACUUGAGACGCAGCCCAUCCAAAUGGCUACAUAUCUCGAGCUUAAAGCUACAAUAUGUCACUUUUUGGGCAACCCAACCAAAUUCACAUAAAAUACGAGUUAUAGAUCUUAUAUAGAUCAAUCUAUAUAGAUCUCUAUAGAUCAAGUCUAAGAAGCGGUAGAUCUGUUCUAUGUGUGUCACGGUCUGACCAUCGUUCGUAUGUGUUUUCCUUGUUUUAGUGUUGGUCAGGACGUGAGCUGGGUGGGUAUUCUAUGUUGUGUGUCUG